AUCAUCAGCUGAUAGCGGAGGAGACGGCAGAGGCGGCUCUUUCUUUCCGGUCUUUUUGCACCUCAUUUACGAAACGACACGUAGAAAUUCAUUUUUGGUUGGAUGAUCAUGAUAUCGAAGAGUUUAUCUUCAGCCUUGAUAACAAAGCAGUUAUCAUGGCAGACCUUUCCUUCUCUGGUAAGAUGGAUGUCAGCAGUUGCUCGCCCUUUUCCUGUAAUCCAAGAUCCCCUAGACCUUUCCUGCCCACAGCUUGCCGAAAGCAGGCGUAGGGCUGAAGAGCAGCUGGCGCAAUUAGACCAACUAAACAAAGUAGCUCUAGGUGGAGGUGGAGAAAAGGGAAUUGCUCUUCAUGUCAAGAGAAACCGUAAAAUGCUAGUCAGAGACAAGUUAAAACUUCUGUUAGACGAUGAUGCAGACUUUUUAGAACUCUCGCUUUUGGCUGGGCUUGGUAUGGAGUAUGGAGAUGUACCAGCUGCUGGCGUGAUCUGCGGUAUUGGCAAAGUGCAUGGGAGGUACUGUGUUGUAGGAGCUAGUGAUGGCACUGUCAAAAGCGGAACCUUCUACCCAAUCACCGUCACCAAAAACCUACGAACCCAAAAUAUUGGUGCUAUGAACCGUCUGCCUUGCAUUUAUCUUGUAGAUUCAGCUGGUGGAUUUCUUCCGCUUCAGUCAGAUCUGUUUGCGGACAAGAACCAUGGUGGCCGUGGCUUCUACAAUCCAGCUGUAAUGUCAGCAGCUGGCAUACCACAGCUGGCAUUGGUGUGUGGAUCUUGCACAGCUGGAGGGGCAUACCAACCCUCCAUGUGUGAGGAUGCGGCAAUUGUCACCAGGAUAGGCACCAUAUUCCUUGGUGGACCCCCCCUCGUCAAGGCAGCUACUGGAGAGGAGAUAUCGGCAGAGGACUUGGGAGGUGCUCAGGUACACUGCAGCGUGAGUGGAGUGACUGACUACUUUGCCACAACCGAAGAGGAAGGCUUCGAAAUCCUCCGAGACACAGUUGCCACUCUCAACAUUCCUCCUCUGCCCCCUGUCUCCCCAGAGUCGGAGAAGCCAGCCUUAAAUCCAGAGGAUCUUAAUGCCCUGUGUUCCCUUGAAGUAAUUGACCGUAGUAAGAUGUAUGCAGUGAUUGGAAGGGUUGUUGAUGGAGGGAGGUUCCGAGAGUUCAAGCAGCAGUACGGCAAGAACCUCACCACAGGAUAUGCACUCAUUGAAGGGAAAUGUGUAGGCAUCAUUGGCAAUGCUGGACCUCUGACAUACCAAGAUGGUUUGAAAGGCUCACACUUUGUGCAGAUCUGUCAGCAAAGACACCUUCCUAUUGUAUUCUUACAGAACUCUGGCCCACUCAAAUCACACCAGGCACAGAUGGCAAGCAUGAGUGUAGAGGAAAUCAACCAAGCUAUGAAGGGAAGAGCAGCAAUGAUGGCUGCUGUGUCUUGUGUGACUGUCCCGAAGAUUACCAUUAAUGUGGGAAACUGCCAUGAAGAUGAUAAUUACACAAUGUGUGGACCAUCCUUCUCUCCAAAUUUCAUCUUCUCAUGGCCUGGAACUGUGGUCACACACACUCUCAACCCCCCACCCAUCCCACCACAACCCAAGCCAGCUUCGCCAGAUGCUGAAAAGAAGGAGCCAGCAAAGAAAAGGAAACCUCUUUCAGCCUUCAAUUUUCCAAUGGGCAGUGCCUUUCACCAAGCAUCUCGUUCAGUCAUUGAUGGUAUAAUUGUUCCUGCAGAAACAAGGCAGGUUGUGGCCAAGUGUUUAAGAAUUUGCCGUCAGCAAGAGAAGAUGAUCAACAAUUCCAAAGAUUUUCCAGUAUUUAGAUUAUAAGCAAAUUGUGGCUAUAGUCUCCUUUCUUCUCAAAGAAUUUGUUAGUAGCAGAAGUUACUUAUUUUUUCAGCAAAGAGACUAUGCAUGUGUGAUAGGACGGUUGGCAUUAUUCAACACUUUGCUUAUGUGUUUAGUCUACUCGCCAUCCACAGUCAGGGUGAAAUCAAAGAAAGGGUUUAAAGGGUUUCAUUUAUAUGGUAUGGGGAGAGCCAUGGAAAUAUAUUUCUCAUGAGAAUUGGAAAUGGACAAAAUACUAUGGUUUGCAUUGUACAUUAACGAAGUAAGUUAAUAACAGGAAUAAUUUUAAGUAUUCCAACUCUUAAUUUUUCAUUGCUAUAUACAAGAUAAAAUUGAAUGCAAUAGCUUAUAAUCUUAUCCAAAACAAAAUAAUAAAUUGUAAAAAAAAACUAUUUCACAGAGGAACUGAUUUUCUAGUUAGUCCAGAUAUGUACAUAGGAGAUGAUGAAAUAUUUAUAUUUUGAGGAGAAAUACAGCUAUAACAUAUUGUGCUGAAUAAUCAUCAUUUCAUUUUGUCUGUGUUUAUAAUUAAUAAUGAGUAUUUCAAAACAGGAUAUUGUUCCAUUUGGUAAAAAAAUUUCAUUAUUCCAUCCAUUCAUUUGUUGUUCGCAGAAGCACGUUCUGCAUUAAAUUGAAAGAUAAUUUAGGCAACAUAAUGUCUGUAUUUCUAUCAAUAUUUUUUUUAAAUGUUGGUGUCUAGAUAUUCAUCCAGCUUUUAUAGAAGCAGUUUAAUGACACUGUUAUCAUGAGGAAACUGGGAAUGUUAACUUCUAAAAUCUCAGGUAGAUGAUUACAUUUUAUUGAUCUUUUUUUCAUUGUGCCUUAUAUGUGUGUUCAUGUGUAUACAUAUACAUACAAUAGAUCUACAGACAUACAUAUAUACUGGUAAUUAAUUCACAAUGAAGUGUUUAAAGUUUUGUGGAUCUUUAGAAAGAAUACACCAUUGCUGACAGCAGAAAAGUUAGCAGAACCCAAAAGAGUUUCUGCUAAAUUGUGUGCCUUAGAAAAGAAUGUUGAAAUAAUUAGAAGCUAAUAAUGUUCAAUAAAUCAACAACUUAAUCCAUUGUUCCCCAAAUGAAAGAACAAGGGGAAGAUGCAGGUUUCAUCAACAGGUGAGGUCAUGGAAAAGUGAGAGGUGAAUUCCUGGCUUUAUUGGAGAAAGAUAAUGUUCUUAGUUUUCUUAAACCCUGUCCUUUUUCCAGUGUCUUUUUUUAUUAUUUUUAUUUUUUUCCAUCGUCGCUUCUUUUGUUUUCCUUGCUAUUUUUUUGUUUCCCUUUCAUCAGAUCCUAUUGUCAACUAAAUUAAUUUUAAUUAUGUCUAGGAUUUGUGAAAUGAAUGGAUAAUUGCAGCUUAACAUGAAUAUUAUUGUAUAUUCAGAAGACAGCCUUUGGUGCAUAAAAAAACACACACACAAGUACACACACACACACGCCCAUGCUUCACCCACUCUGCCUAUACCUACACCUACACCAUACCACACCUAUACCUAUACCCACACACAUCCACAUGCACAAACACCCACUCACACUCAUACCCCCACCCACAGAACACACAAAUGCCCAUCCACAACACUCUUCCACUCACACCCACACACAGACCUUUACCCCCUACACACAGGUUUAUUUGAAAUGCAUAUUGUUAGACAAUUAUUAUUAUGAUACCAGUGAAUCGGCUGUGACAAAAGAAAAUAUAGUAUACCUAAUUUUAGGGUAAAUGCUCGUGGUAUAUUAGACUUGUCUUUGUUGUAGGGAAUUAUGUGUUUAAGAUUUUAUAGGAAAAAUACAAUACAAAUUUCAAGCAAUGCAAUUAAUAAGUACAAGUAAACUAAUAUGGUGCUACAUGUUUUGAAACUUUCAUAAGACAGCUUUCUAUUGUCUUAUAUAGUUUUUUUUUUAUUACUGUUGAGUUUAAAUUGAAGUAGAAUUUGUAUAUUGGGUUUGGGUACCAAAGUAUUUGUAAAUGGUGGACUACUAUUCUGUAAUAUGUAAAUUAAGAUUAGCUCCACAUGAAUAUUUUUAGACAUAAUAAGUAAUAAAAAUAUUGAAAUGU